UCUCACUCCUGUGUGCACCGUGCUGCUUUAUGCUCAGCACAGGGCAUACAGAUGUAAGUUUAAUCCAGGCAACAGUGAGAGGUGAAUAUGAGGUUGCCCUUUUACUAACAUGCAGUAGUAUUGAGUCGAAUAUGCAUCAGCCAGCGUAAUUGCCGAGGCGGACCUAGAAGGAAAGAUGAAAACCUCCUGGAUCUGUGUGUCGUGUUUUAGUCUUUCAAUCUCUCUGUGUGGAUCUACGCGUUGCCACUCUUAAAGCUUGGCACCAAGAGGUGCAAUCUUUAGCACUAAGCUCAGUUUUAAAAAGGAAAUUCCAAGACUGUGAAUCUGCCUGCAAGCUUCUGAUUGAUAGAAAAGGCAAGAAGAAGACACCCAAGACAAUCGAGGAGAAACUUAGUGGGGAAUCAGCGUUUUUCUUUUUUCUUUUUUUUCUUUUUUUUCUUUUAAUUUUUUUAUUACUUUAAAAGAAAUUGUUGCUUUAUCAACUGCAUUGUGUCCGACUUGAGUUUCAUGUCUAAAGUCUGCAGGGACUGCAGGUUUCUAUAAUGUUUUGCUUGAAUUUGGACUUCGUUUGCCAGGACUUCAUUUUCACCUGAUCAGCAAUCCAUCACCAUUUUCACACAUUUUCUUUGCCCUCCCACCCCUUGUACCUUUUGUUUUUGUUUUUUCUGCAACAUUUUGUGCUGGACAGUCACUCUAGAGACUGGGCAGUGAUUUCUUGCAGAGGCGCAGUGUGAAGCUCGAUUCUUGUGAGUGAACAGUCUCACAUUCCCAAGAGGAUCCUUGGGCUCUGCACCUCUUGGUGUUUUCCUCUCCUUAUUCAUAAAGAGGAGAGUUUAAUUAGGGAAUCUGCAGUUGGGACAGUCGGCCAGAAGCCAGAAUGCAGGUGUCAUUAGUGUGCACGGAUCAUCGUGGAGGGGUAAGCCGCAACACGGAGGACCGGCUAAAUCGACAGAAUGCCAACAGCCCCAGCACAGGCACCCGCAGCAAGUUCAGAGCAGUGGCGAUGGUGGCUCGGAGUCUUGGACAACUCUCUGUGCAGAGUGUGCCUUCCUCCAGCGAGCAAAGUGUGAAGACUGGCAUGAAGUAUAGAAACCUCGGGAAGUCGGGCUUGCGGGUAUCCUGCCUUGGAUUAGGAACAUGGGUGACGUUUGGCGGACAGAUAACAGAUGAGAUGGCAGAGCAGCUGAUGACUCUGGCCUAUGAAAAUGGCAUCAAUCUGUUUGACACAGCGGAGGUCUACGCUGCUGGCAAGGCAGAGGUGGUGCUCGGAAACAUCAUAAAGAAGAAAGGAUGGAGACGUUCAAGUUUGGUGAUAACAACAAAGAUCUUCUGGGGUGGAAAAGCGGAAACUGAAAGAGGUUUAUCCCGAAAACACAUUAUAGAAGGUUUAAAAGCCUCUUUAGAAAGACUGCAGUUAGACUACGUGGAUGUGGUUUUCGCGAACAGACCGGACCCUAAUACACCAAUGGAAGAAACGGUUCGAGCAAUGACCCAUGUGAUAAACCAAGGCAUGGCCAUGUACUGGGGAACAUCCCGCUGGAGCCCGAUGGAAAUAAUGGAAGCGUACUCUGUUGCGAGACAGUUCAACCAGAUUCCCCCCAUCUGCGAGCAGGCAGAGUACCACAUGUUCCAGAGAGAGAAGGUGGAGGUGCAGCUACCUGAGCUGUUCCAUAAGAUAGGUGUGGGGGCCAUGACGUGGUCUCCGCUGGCCUGUGGGAUCAUCUCAGGGAAAUACGAUGGCAGGGUCCCUCCCUACUCGCGGGCCUCCCUUAAGGGCUACCAGUGGUUGAAGGACAAGAUCUUGAGCGAGGAGGGCCGGCGUCAGCAGGCGAAGUUGAAAGAGCUGCAGGCAAUCGCGGAGCGGCUGGGCUGCACUCUGCCCCAACUCGCCAUCGCGUGGUGCCUACGGAACGAGGGGGUGAGCUCUGUCCUUUUAGGGGCGUCCAACACCGACCAGCUGAUGGAGAACAUAGGAGCGAUCCAGGUUCUUCCAAAGUUGUCGUCAUCCAUCACACACGAGGUGGACAGCAUCCUGGGGAACAAGCCGUACAGUAAAAAGGACUACCGCUCCUAACGCGUGGCACGGCCCCGCCCGGCAGGGCUGCACCCGGCCUGCAGCCGCAGUGCCCCACCUUUGCCUGAUCCUCUGUUUGCUUGAGCUUUUACUGAGUGAGACCCUGGCGCAUGAGUCUGGCCACACCAAGGCCACGCAGGGCACCUCAUUUAGAGUUACAGGGAUAAGAUAAGAAAAGGGGGAAAAAAUACAGUCACCUCCACUGGAAAUGACAGGAUUGACAAAGAAAGACACAAACAUGGAAAAAGAGAGGUUAGAGAUAUGCGCUCAUAUUUAAAUUAGUUAUACAUUCAAUUCAGCUGAACGUAUUUUAAAACUAUAGAGAAAAAUACAUUUAUUAAAAAAAAUAAAAUAAGCACACGCUUGCUUGGCAGCCAGAUUUUUUUUUCCUUUCUAUUUUUCUUUCUCUCUUUUUAAAACCGAAUACAACUAAAAGGAAGAUGAAAUUCAUGCUGUAUGAAUACACGAGAACUAUUGUUGCACAUGUACCAUAGCCAUGCAUUCGUUGUUUGGACGUUCUGUUUACAAACACCUGUGUACUGUCCAAAUCCGUCAAGAUUUCUCUGAAAGUGUUGUCGACAUUACAGCCUCCUCACGGGCUUCAAUCAGCACUUUUUAGUACUGUCAGUAAAGGUGUUGGAAGGCAGUUUCAAAGAGGAGAGAGGAUGGGUAUUACAACAGUCUUAUCUCACAGCCAUUGCACUAUAGAAUCACAUCGCCUCUUCAUGAUUCCCUCUCUUCAUCCUCUGUUUCUUCACUGGCAGUGCGUUUGUCCAGCCUAAUGCUCCGAUGCUCCUCCUGUGUAAGCGUGGCUCUGAAGUUCUGAAGUCAUCAGGGCUUCCGUCCUUACAGUGAACCACUCACCACGAUGGAGCUUAGGAGCCAGGCUGAUGUGUCUGGGCAACUUGCGUGCCACUGAAGAGAUGAGCAGUUUAUUCCUCCCUAACAGCAGGAACUGCAGUCGUGUUAUAUCAAGCGCAGCGGCCUGCUUCACUGUGCUUCCCGGCCGCUUUUCUCGCUUUUUUCAGGCUGAGGAUUUUGGCGUGCAGGGAACGUUCAUAUCAGUGUUGGCUCAACAUCUCAUGGAAACUUCUCCUCAAUCAAAUUCAGUUCAAGUAUUUUGCCUUAUUUAGAGUUGCAUCAAACUGUGCUUUGGGCUUGUAGACGAGCAGCUCGACACCUGUCUCUCUGCGCUGGUCAUGUGUCCCCGGUAUAAACUGGACCGCUGAGUGGUGGAAGUGGUGUUUGUUGCUCCCUGACUGGGGGGGAAGGAGUCGUGUCUGCUUAAUCGGUGAGUGGCAGCAGCUCAGGGAACGGAGCAGGCAGUUUCAGUCGUGUGUUGGCGUGCACAAAGUCAGAGGUUGUAUUUAGUCAUCUGUUUUUCUCUCAUGUGUGGACACUUUAGUGUGGCUUGAGCCAAAGAUCAUCUUCUUCUUUUCUUUCUUUCUUUCUUUUAGAAAACAACCCAACGUUUCACUAUUACAAGAUUAUAGAAAUCAUCUUGACGCAUGUGCUGUCCAGCUUGUAAUCUAUCUAUGGUAUGGACUUUACUCCAUAAUAUAUCUUUACUUGACCGAACUGUUACACUAGUUAACAAGUAUGUCCUUCAUAUACAGAAUGCGUAGUACAACUAAGUGCUUUAGGAUCGGUAAGGUUUGUUUCAGGCGGCAGACGCCCCGAGACACGUCAGAAGUAUUAUUGCAAACAUUUUGACAACGCCCUGUAUCAUUUGUUGUCCUUUGGGUGCUCUCUUACUGUGAUUAAAGCACAAGUGGAAAGCAUGUUACAUCUUCUAAGCAUGGACCCUCUUCACCCAGCCUACAGUACCUAUGGGACAAACAAGGUGAUGCUUUUCAAGCUUACUAACACGUGUAGAUAACAAGUCUUUGCUAACAGUUGAUAAACUGUUGAUUCUUAGAAGGAAAAAACAAGUGCAAAUUAACAUAACUUAUAUAAGUGUGAAUGAUAUGAAUGAGGUGAAGCUGCUCAGCUAGAGUGGAGGGGAUAAACAUCACUGUGUGGGGUUUGUGUGGAUGAGGUUUUGCUUGAGUAUUACUCCUAAACAACAGCAAAGUGAUUCAAGAUCUGCUGUUGAUCGAGUUGAUUGAGUGUGUGUGUGUGCGUGUGUGUUCAGGUGUGAGGGAUCGGGGGACAACUGAACUAAUCCCAUGCUGUUGUAUUAGUUGAUCCCUGAAUACGGCUGAUUUGCCGUGUCUCUUGUAAGUCUGAGUAAAUAAUAACAGACACAAGCUGAUGCUGUUUUCUCAGAAUUUAAAAAAAAAAAAAAGAAGAAGAAAAAAAAAGAUAAGAACAUUUUGUUCAUUAGUCUGUGGAGUUUCUGUGUCUUAAUAUUUCCAUCUGCAGGGAGCGGAGAAGAAGUCUGAGAUUUAAAGGUUGAGUCUGACAUUUUGGGAAAUGUGCUUUUUCUCACCCAAAAUUACAAAAGGUCUGAUACUGAACUAUUAGCUCAACACACAGACUGGAAACCAGAAGAAACUCAUUUUCUCUUCUGUACAGAACAUAUUAGCCAUUCAUUAUUAAGCUUUACAGAUAAGAGCAGUCAGAGGGUUUUAGCCUUGUUCAUAUGUUCUACUGUGUUCACCAAGGACUGUCUGAUUGAGAUAUUGUAAGGAUAACUUGUCAGACUCUCAGUUGGGAACCUGGUUUAUUUAACACAUAAUCGGGUGUUUGAGUGUGCAGUCGAGUCCGUGCUGUGUGUGCACUUUCAUCCUGUGCUCUCCGUUUCACCAUCUGUGUGGGUGCAUCUCUGCUCUGCUGGAUAAACGGACACAUGGAGGGGAGCAGAGGAAAGGGGAGACAGGUGAAGUGACGGUAUCGUUACCUGAGUCGAGGACGGCCCGGCGCUCCCGUGGCAGCGAGGACCGUGCCGUUUCUCCAUCCACGUAACAAAUAAUUUAAGGCUGCCGUGGCAAGGCGUGACACACUUAUUUUCCGGAAUCAUUUCUUUUCUAAAUGUAUUAUUGAUGAUGAGAAAAGCAGUUUGGCUGUUUCCAGUCUCUGUGCUCUAAGGCGACGUCAUAUUUAGCAGCAAAUAUGCCGACGUGGUAUUUUCCCUCCCCCCUAAAGAUGUCAGACUUUCCCUUUGAACGUUAUCGCUGUGCAUUUAGUUUGACCAUCACAGUUGUGUCCCAGCGUGCCGACCCGCUCGACACAGAUGCCGUGUCGUAACGAGCUUCACGCGCACAACGUAGAAAUAACUGAAACUUUUGAAGCUUGUGUGUAUUUGUCUGGUGCCCUCACCCAUGUAGGAGAAAAUAAUGCUUUAAGAGGUCCUAGUUUCAUCAUAUUUGCUGUUCUAACAUGUUAAUGACUAGUUCACAAAUGAAACAGACCCGCAGAUGAAUAGAGCUUAUUUUACAGAAGGUUCUAGGUUAUACAGAGAAUAUAUUUUUAUGUUCUAGCCUUUAAUGCAGUAGAGAGAAUUAAGAGAACUGUUUUUAUUUUUGUCAUCAUGCUGCAUUUUUCCUAUCGGUAUUGUAUUGAUUUGAAGACUGACAAAAAGAAGCAAUCUUUGUGUUGUGUGUGCAUUAUGAUGCUCAAAUGCAACAGUGUGUGGAAUUCACCCUGAAGACGACGUAUUGAGAGCCUGGUGUCUCCUGUACAUACUCUGACCUUUGUAUAUAUUUCUGGUUGUGAUCACCUUUGCCUUUUUUCAUUUUGAUUUCAUUUUGCAGGCGUUGCUAUCUGCACUGUGCUUGAAUCUGAGAUUUAGACAGGAUGUACAGCUUAUGAUCUUCAAUGAAAAUGAAUUAAUGAUAAAAAUAAGAAUGGUUAAAAA